AUGGAUCCCUCGCCGGACGAGAGCGAAACAUCUUCAGCGACCGCCGAUAAGCUGAAGCCUGUCCAAGAUGCCGAACCCCAGGUCGGAAACACACCAGAUCCUGCGAGUAUCAAUACCGAAACCACUGCAGCGUCCCAGGCAACCAGAGGUCCUCGUAUUUGCGGGGUGUGUAACAAGGACGUCGGAAAGUAUAAAUGCCCAAGAUGCACCAUCACAUACUGCUCUGUCGCCUGCAACCGCAUCCACAAUGUGAACCACCCUCCCCCCACCCAACCCGUCACGAAACAAUCCCCGCCGCCCGGGACAGAACGCGACACCCAGAAGGACGACCCCUACCGGGUCCUUCUGGAGCACAGUUCCGAGUUCAAGCGCCUUUUCCAGAAAUACCCCAGCCUCGAGACCGAACUAACACGAAUACACGAGGUGACCCUCCCGCCGCGGGACGACGGCACCACCGGCGGCGCGCUGCCGUGGAAGGUCAGGGUUCCCGGGCAGGCGCACAAGGAGCCCUGGUCGCGGGACGUGGGGCUCCGGACGGGCGCUGCGGCUCUGCGGAGGGCGCGCACCGACCCCGGCGACACGGGCGACGCCGUGCGCGAGUACUGCGACCUCGUCCUGCACCUGCUGGCGGCCUCGGGCCGCGACGACGCCACCGCCGUCGUCCGCCGGGAGGUCGCUGCCGAGGAGGCCAGGACCGUGGAGCGCCUGCUUGCCGAGGAGGGGGACCGGCCCUGA